CCAGCGGGACGGGAACCGCCGGCAGCAUGGACCGCGUGAAGCACGAGAACUUCUGCCGCGCCGUCGUGGAGGACAACACCGCGCUCCUCCUCUCGGCGGUGGGGCGCUUCAGGAAGGAGGCCCUGUGCCGCAUCCGCAAGGGCUCCGACGCCUCGAGGGUGCUGGACCAGGAGAUGUCCACGAGGCUGCUGCACCUCGCCUGCAAGCACGACGCGGUGGAGUGCGCCAGGCUGCUCCUCGAGGGCGGCAGCGGGAUCACGGCGGCCCCCGUCGAUGCCAGGGACCAGCUCACGCGGACGCCCCUGCACGUCGCCGCUGAGACACACUCGGCCAGGUGCAUCGAGCUGCUGCUCUCCAAGAACGCCCGCACUGAUCUGAGGGUGGUUGAUGGGAGACCUCUUCUCCCGCUUGAGAUUGCGCUAAUGAGCAGGAGAGUUCAAACUAACUGGUCGCUGGACAAUCCAAUUGAAGAUCUUCUGUCUUUUCUUCAAGGAAGGGAUCUCAGUGCAGUAAGGCUCCUGGCAGAGAAAACCAGAGUGGUAGGGGAGCUUGCUUACAGAUAUGCCAUGGAGGGACGUGUUCCUUCAUUGGCAAUGCUGCUUCUUGUGGUUGAAGAGAAGAUAUUGGCACAAGUGAGUGUGGUGAUAGAGGGCGUCAGAACAAAGAGAUCAAUUUACAACGCCGUUGUGGAUGAGGCUUUAUCCAUGGGAGAUGCUUCUACUCGCGAUGGAAAUGAAAGGAGAAAGGCCCUGCUAUGUGAGAUUCAGCUGCUUAACCAAUUUGGGUCAGCAUCUUGGAGGGAGCUCAGUGACAGGAGAACAUUACCCCCUCUACUCAGGGCUGCUAAGGUUGGAGAUAUGAAUGUCAUAAAGAUGCUUCUGAUGGGGAAUGUUGAUGUCAACGAAGCUGACUCUGAAGGAAACACAGCACUUCACUGGUGCCUUAGUGGUGGCUCAAGUACACAGGAGCCAAGGAUUGUGUGGCUCCUGCUCAAGAACGGUGCCAGAGUUUUCCAGGGGAACAAAUUAGGCCUCACGCCAGUACACAGCGCUGCAGCUAAGGGCAAUUACAAGGCUCUUCAGUCACUUCUGCUUCAUGCCCAAGAUUGUGUUGAUACACCUACCAAGACCAAAGAAACCCCAUUAUUCUUUGCAGUGAAGAAUGGUUCUGUGGACUGUGUAAAACUCCUUUUGCGUUUUGGAGCUGAUACCAAAGCCAGGAACCUACGAAAGCAAAGACCAAUUGACGUGGCAACGUCCCAGGACAUGCGUUUCGUUCUUAGCUCUGCAAAUGUGGCACCAUUUUCAGGGAAACAUAACUCACCUCAAAAGAAUCAUGUGAUGAGAAAGGAAAUUUGCAAAGAGCUUCUGGGUGAUGAGUUUGAUGAUUUAUACAAUGAUGACUAUAGCGAAAGCUAUACUGGGCUAAAGACAUCAGUAGGCCAGCGUGAUUUGCGGUCCAGUAACCGUUCUACUCAAGGGCCUAAGAGUAAGAGCCAAUAUGUUCCAAAACAAGGACAAGGCUCAAAGUUUGUGCCUCGGAACAAUCAUUGGCCUAAGCAUGACUACACUCGCAAAAUUUUUGUUGGGGGCCUCCCGCCUUCAGUGGACUCUGACUUCCUUAUUGAAUUCUUCAAUGCUGAAUUUGGGCCUGUGGAGGAAGCUGUGGUCAUUGGGAUACCAAUAGGCAAUAGAUUGCAGUCCCGAGGUUUUGGCUUUGUAAAAUUUGAAAGAGAGAAGGAUAUGAUAAGUGCAAAGGAAGCCCAUCAUGUAUACAUGCUUGGGAAGAGAGUGGAGGUAAAGGAUGCUGUUGCUAGAGCAGACUUGCCUUUAGAAGAACAAAGAGCUACUUCUUUGAGGAAAUUCAUCAAGGAGCGCCCAAAGGUAACCCAUAGUGUGCUGGAUGGUGAACUAACCGAGGAGCACAACAUUCGGAAGCGGCGACCAUUGCCAGAGAAGUGCCUUCCAUCUUGGUUCUUUAUAUUCAGGAAGUGGUUGCCAGGAUUUCUUGAGGAUGCGACCGAGCGACUUGGGGGAGAGAGGUAUCCAUUAAGCUCUUUGAAGGGUGAUUUCAGAGCAACUUGCAGGAUGGAGCUUGAUCACACUGCACUUGGUUAUCCUAAGCUAAGUGACUUUAUGCGCUCCCUCCCAGGCAUCUGCAGGAUGUGUGUAGUUCCUGUUGGAAGCGGACCUGCAACACACAUGGUCCUUUUUCCACCGCUCUCAAGACCGAAGUAUGUACCCUUGCUAGAGCCGUACUCCUUUGAUCGUGAUGAGCUUCCAGAAUCAGUGUCUGAUCAUCACUCCCCAAGAUCUCCACUUAACACCAACAUCACGGAUGACUCCCCUCAUAAAACUGACAGCCAGCAGGGUGAUGAUGCAUGCAGUGCGACUAAUGUUCAGAUCCAGCAGAGUGAUGAUGCAUGUAGUAAGAGCAAUGCUCAGAGCCAGCAGGGCGAUGGGAGCAGCAGGAGCAGUGCUGAAAGCCUGCUGGAUGGAAGUUCUUCUGAUAAUGGUAGCUUACUGGAUGAUAUUCCUGUCAGCACCACAAAGCUUGAUUUGGUUGAGCCUGUACCUGCAGGAAAGCCUGAAGUGAUUGAGCGUGUACCUGCAAGAAGGCCUGAUGUAAUUGAAUGUGUACCUACAAGAAAGCCAGAUUUGACUGACUGCAUGCCUACAAGAAUGCCUGAUUUGAUUCAGUAUGGAUCUCUUCCCAGAAACAAUGAGUCCGGACCAGUCCGGAAGCCUAAUUUGCUUGAGUUUGGACCUACAAGAAAGCUUGACUUCAUUCAGUCCAGGCCUUCAACGUGCUUCAUUGAUAGUCCAGUUGAAAGGCCAGCAGUUCCUCCGAGCAGCUGUGAGGCUGAAAUGAGAUUCUCUUUCUUCCAGUCUCAGUGGGACAAGUAUCUGACUCCAUAUCCCAAGAGUGACUCCUGCAUCAUCUGCCGAUCUUGCGAAGCCACGAUGCAGCUUGUCCCGUGCCAUCAUAAGAUAUGUGUUGCCUGCAUGAUGAGGUGUAAUGUCAGGGCAUGCAUGGCUUGUGGCACUUCUGUAAGUGGAGUGAAGUCUUCCCCUGUAGUGGAUGCGCCAUACAGAUAUAUGGGAGUCAUGGAGAGCGUUCCAGAUCAAAGGUGCCAGUUGAUGGUUGUCUGCCGUGGUGCUGAGGCGAUUGUGAGAUGUUCCCCCUGUAUGCACACCAUUGCUUGCCGAGGAUGCUUCCUGGCGUCAGUGACGUUACUGAAGACCUGCACCACCUGUGGCUGCAUGAUUCAGCACUUCAUGUUUGGUUGAAAAGUCUCACCUCCCUAAUACAGUAGUAUUACUAAGCAAACUAAGGUAUAGAAUAAAGCAAGCAAUCCUACAAUCUGAAGGAGAGAUCUGAUAUGCUCUCGUUCGGUUUUGCCACACUUGUGGGAUGCGCUAACAGGCUAUUUUGGUAGUGGUAUAUGCGCCCUCGCUCUUCUGAGCCUGAGGUGCCCUCUUUUGCCCCCUUCUGUUCUUGCUUAGAUAUGCUAGUCAGACAUGCUUGAUUGGUAUGCUACUUCUGCUUCUGUGAGCUUAUGAUGGCUCUGACAUUGGCAAGCUCACAAUAAUACCAUGUAAAGCCCCAUUAUCUAUUAUGGCACUCCUUUUGUAAACCUAUGAAAUUACUAUCUCAUGGGUUGUGGUGCUUACAAUUUACAAAGCCCCCUUUUGUAUAUGUUCCUGAUGUCUGGUUUGUUUGGCUCUUGCUUCUUUUUCUUAUAGUCAAGUUCAA